UUCUCUCCUAUCGCCGCCAUAGCUGCAUAUACAUAUAUCUAUGAUUAAACAUACAUAAGCUAAUUAUGAAAACAUACACAUAUUUGUAUAUCUUAUGAUAUAUAUGUAGGUUGUUUAAUUAGGUUAAUUUAAGAAAGAAACUAAAGAGGGAGAAGCGUUUAAAGAUAUUGAGAAUUGUUAACGAUCGACAUAGUAAUACUUCAUAAGGAGGAAGUUCCCAAGGAUCAUAGCGAUAAAGAUCGAGGAAAGUGAUGAGUUCUACAUUAAAGCGUUUGCCUUCAACUUUUCGGCGAAGGUAAAACUCUAUGAGUUCUUCUUCGGUAGGAUGGAAUCUAAAUCCGGGCAUGACCAUGUCAUGAUCAUGAUCAUCAGCUUCAUCUUCAUUUUGGACAUGACUCUCUUGGCCGCCUCUAUGAUCAUUGUCUUCUAUACCUUUUUCGUUAUUGUUGACUUGGUUACUCAUGGGAAUGAUGCUUGUUGUGGAGGAUACAAUUGCCAUAUAUCAAAAAGACUAGAUAUGUGUAUGCAUGUGGAUUAAGGUGAUAUAUGAUGAUGAAAAGUGAUUAAGGGUUUGCUUGGUUUUUAUACUAACAAUGGAAGGGAAAAAGAGAGAUGAAAUUGAGUGGUGUUGAGUAGAGAUAAGAGGAGGAGAAGAAGAAGAGA